UGUCUUUUCUUGUUUUAUUGGUUGAUGAAGGAUCACAUCCAUCAAUGUCUGUUUUUACGAAUUUACUGAAUGAAUGAAUCAAUGCCUAACUAUUUUGAUAAUCUAAUCAAAUUAGAGUGUGACUUUUAAAGUGCAUUCUCUUUCUUUACCAGCAUAAAGGAACUUCUUAACUGUUCCUUUAUGAUGGUAAAUUAAAAAUAUAUGGAUUUUCUAUGGUUAAACACCAACCAAUAUUAUUAUUCUUACAUUUUAUGAGUCAAAGCAGAAAAAAAUAAUAACAACAAGUAGUAUUAGUGGCCGCAGCACUAUAAUUUAUUUUAAUGUAAAAACAAAUAAUAAAAUCCUGCAUGUUGUCUAUGGUAAAGACCCAUUUAAUCUCCUCUUCACCCUUAACUGUUUAUUUAUUUUGUUUGUUUAUUUUGUUUUUGUUCACUGGACUCCAAACAGGACACCCCUCAUUUUGUACCUGAACGCAUCAUCAUGUGUUCACACACUCUGACAUUAACGACAAGCAGCAGGUGAACACGUGAAAGAGGAGUGGACACAGUGGAAAAAAUGUCAAUUUUUUAGCUUUCUGAUUAGUUCGCAGACAAAAGGGGUGUGAUUUUCUCCGAUAUUUCUGUCAAACUGGCGGCAGGAGACUGUCGACAUCCGUCUGUAGGCAGUGGUUGUACUAACGUAGAGGUAAGUUAACUACAUAUUUACAGUAAUUACCUGUAGCUCAUGACUGUAACGGGUGAUAAUUACCUGCUAGCUAACCUGAACACCUUAUUAACCUAAAACCAGGUGACUGCAGGUCUAUAUAUUAUUAUAUUUAUCUAAAAACGGCAUUUUUAAGUGUUGUCAUUCUAAAAUGGACAUGUUUGUGGACAAUUGUGGUUAAUUGACCCUCAUUUAGGAAGAAAAUGGACGCCUGCAUUAAACCGUUGUGCUUCGAGCUGCUGUCAGAAGUCGGCGAAGGCUCCUACGCUAAAGUGUACAAAGCCAGAGAGGUGGGGGAGGAGCAGCGCCUCCUAGCUGUGAAGAAAUUCAAUUUCCACGCAAGCGCUUCGGACAAUGGCAUCCCCGCCUUCAUCAUCCGGGAGGUGUCGCUGCUGCGUAAGAUGAAAUCCUUCAACCAUCCCAACAUCGUCAAGCUUUUGGAUGCAUCGGUUGAACCAGUGGGCCGGAGCCUGGACCUGACACUGGUGUUAGAAUACAUCGACCAGGACCUGUCCACCUACCUCUCCAAGGUUCCUGCUGCUGGAAUGAGUCCUGACUGUAUUAAGAAUGUGAUGCUGCAGCUGCUGCAGGGUUUGGACUUCUUACACACUAACAUGGUGCUGCACCGUGACCUGAAACCAGAAAAUGUCCUGAUCAGCAGCCGAGGAGAAAUUAAAAUUGCUGACUUUGGAAUGGCACGCAUCUACACCUUCAAUAUUGCUCUCACUCCAGAGGUGGUGACACUCUGGUACAGAGCUCCCGAGGUGCUGCUGAGGUCUGUCUACAUGUCCUCUGUGGACAUGUGGAGCGCUGGCUGCAUCUUUGCUGAGCUCUUCCUCUUGAGACCGCUGUUUCAGGCUUUUACAGAGGUGCAGCAGCUGCAAAAAAUCUUUGAGUUUAUUGGUUUUCCUGGUGAGGAGGACUGGCCGACCGACAGCCCGUUCUCAUACUCAUUCAGCUGGGGACCAAAGGUUUCCCGCAACAUGCCGCUGCACAUCGUGGGCCCAGAGGAGAACGACCUGCUGGCUAAAUGUUUGACGUUCAAUCCCAGCAGCCGCAUCUCAGCUGCUGAAGCUCUGGCUCAUCCUUUCUUCACACGGCACUGAAGAAAACCUCCGCCUCCGCCGUCUCAUGCCAUAACAUCCAUCGUUGUUCAGAGUUUUUGGACUGUUCGAAAAACAUCAUGAGGGUCUUCUGAUUUUUGUGUAACACUCCCAUGAUCGACCAUUUGUAUUAACACUUAAUUUUUGAUCAAACUGGCGAAACGAUUCUUUAUAAUUUAAAUUCCACAAGCCAUUUCACAGUAAAUCAUACUUCUUUGUUUUUGUUGAACGUUACCUCGAAAAAUUCUGUUUAAAAACACUAUUAUGAGGACUUGAACGUUGAGUUAGUUAAUCUUGUUUCACCAAAGCCCUGACUUGUAAACACGGGAGGAAAUUGCCUUCUUUUAUUUAAUUUUAUGUUUUUGUUUGUUUUUCUGAAGAAAAUUAUGGUGCA